AUGAAGCCUCUUGUCAUUGUCCUUGUCUUGCUCUCCUGUGUGGACCCAGCUCUGGCAGGCUUGAAUCCACUGUCAUCAGAAAUGCACCAGAAAUGCUAUGGGAAUGGUAUCUGUAGACUUGAGUGCUCUACAAGUGAAAUGUUAGUUGCCUACUGUAUGUUUCAGCUGGAGUGCUGUGUCAAAGGAAACCCUGAGCCCUGA